AUGUUCUUAAUACAGAUGAUGCCUGUGUUGCAACCAGACGAGGAAGAAGCUAGCGGCAGUAGUGUAGGAGCCAGUAGUCCUGCUGUCAGUACGCCAUCUCCUUCCAGGACAAAGGUAAGUGGUUUGAUGACUGCUGCAAAGAGUUGCUUUUGUAUUAAUUGAAAUCAAUAAUAUACAACUAUAGUAGUGGAUAUAUUAUACCGAGACACGAAGCAUCAAGGUAUAUAUCUAGCGCUAUGAACCAACCCUGAGGGGGAUAGUUGUUUUAGUAUUUUACCAAAUCAGUUGGAUAAAAAUCAAAAAGAAACUUUUUGUAACGAAAAGACAUCACUUAGUUAGAGUUUGUUUACGUUUCAAUUGACAGUGUUUCGGUAUCAGUUUUUAUGAUUUUGUUGCAAAUUCAAUGAGAAAAUGUUUUCUUCCGACCAGUAAACACCAACAAGCCAAAUUUUGUCUCUUUCUUGGCAUUUGCUGGUGCAACUGCUUCAUUGACUGCUAAAAUUUUAUCUUUCAAAACUGUUGCAAAACGAGAAGCCAUUUUUAAUCUCGUCCAAAAAGAGCAAAUAUCCAAGGAUAUUCUGAGUUACGGGAGCUAAUCAGAAUGCGCAAAAAUUGCAAUCCACUGAUUUGGUGAAUACUAAUAUUGUUUAUUUUACAAUCGCCUGUCUCUUAACAGACACCUUUAUAAGAAGACGUUGGUAGAACGGACACCUAGAGCUGGUCCCUACCUUUCUUUAAUCCUUUUAUUUGACUCUCUAAAAGACGGACGUCACUCUAAGACACUUUGUGUCAUUCCCAGAGGUGUCCAUCUUAAAGGGAGUUGACAGCAUUUUGUGUACUUUCUGUAUCAUUAUUUUGUCUGCUUCAAGACUUAAUUAUAGAUACCCAUACACCAUACAAGGUUUAGUUUACAUAAUUUAUAUGAAAAUUGUUUGGUGCUAAUUUUGAUGGUCUCUUAUGGUGAUUGUUAGACUAGCUCAUCAGGCCCCUCGCCGAGACGCAGUGGCAGGAAGACAAGACAACGAAUCCUUUAUGGUCACAAGAAAGACACUCCUUUGACACCACAUUCUCAACCUAGAAAGGCAAAGGAGACUCUAGACAGUGGAUCAGAUGAAGAUGAGGAAGAAAAAGAGAGAGAAGAGGCCAGGUAAUAAUUAACUUUAAAUUGAGCCGAGAUUACCAGAGCUACAAACUAUCAUUUUUCCACAUGUAUUAAGGACAGUGUCUGUUUUUUUUUUUUUUUUUUACUGUCAAAACAAAUAUUCAUUCAGUUUCAAUCACUUGAAUAAAAAUUACUAACACAAAUCACUGCCAAGUCAUUACAUUUUUACAACAAUCCAUUUGUACUCAAGGCAACUCCCAAAUUUUAUUACCUUAGUUUACCUAUCUUUCACUAGUCCUGUGGUAGCCAUUGCAUACCCCUACAUCAACAGUUGAGAUAACUUUUUUGGGGGAUGUUUAAUUCAGUUUAACCAAACUUCUUCAGCCAGAAGUUGUAUUUAUGUUGUUGGUGUUGUUUCUUAUUUAGUGAACAGUCAUCGGGGAAUCAAUCCAGUGGUGACAGUGAUCUGGAGACACCAGUGCAUGCAUCUGCCCCUGGACGAGGAAGAAAAAGGGCUGCCACAAUUUUCAAGGCUGUUCCGGUAUAGUUAUCCUGUGAUUUUGUUACAAAAUAGUUAUACCAAUGUAUGGUGAGUGUACUGACUCAUCUUGAGAAACAUCAUGAGUCCUAGUGCAGAUCCUGUGAAUCCCAGUUCAAAAAACAUUGAGUCCUUCUUGUUAAAGCACCAAAAAAAUCUAAGAUAAAUAUUUGUCUUUACACAACAGCCACAAUUACAGCGAAAGAAAUCGCUCAAACAGUAUAUUCUACAAAAACAUUGAUCAAAUCAAUCGAUCUUCUUUGCAUCCCAAGGGAUGCAUGCCAUGAAUUAUUUUGCGUCUCUGGAGAAUUUUAUGUGUCAGGGACGUACGUAGGACGCAGAGGUGACAAAAUGACUGGUUAUCUUGUUGUCAAACAGAAAACUUGGUCCAAUAUCUGGCCUUACGUGAGAACUAGGGAAUGAAGGCAACACAGUUUGACUUAUUAGAGAGAAUGUUAGAGAAAUAGAGAUGGGGAAGCAUGUUUGAACUUACCCUUAACAAUAAACGUAGGAAAAACAUAAGGCACUACAUGUAUAUAGCCCAGUCAUGAUUGCACAGAAGCGAGGGUAGUAUAGUGAGCAAUAAACAUAAAAUUAAAUGUACGGAAAUAUAUUUUGCACAGGCAGAAAAUUUCAGUUUUUCUCUCUGUUGCCUGGGUUAGAGAAAAAACAAACACACACAAACAUUAAUUUUAUCUUCCCUCACUCUCCAUCCUUCUAUCAUUAACCCCCCUCCACAACCACUCAGUGCCCCUUGCAUCAUACCUAUUUGCCAACCUGCAACUACAUGUAUAACCUGCAGUGAGUUAACUGGUAGUCUUGUUUUACCUAGGCACCCAAGAGAGCCAGAUCUAAACCCUCUUCUGCCCGUAAAUCACCAGCUCAAAAGAGAUCAAGGAAGUCCAAAGGAGGUGCGGAGAGUGAUGAUAGCCAGGGGAGCCUGUUUGAUAUCGUAAAGGCUGGUAAAGGAGCUCUCAGGGUAAGAAUGUUGAUUGAACAGUACACUGUACAAGGUUGUUAGUUCUGUAAGAGAUUAUUUAAAACAAUUCCAGUGUUUUGGAAAUGCAUGCAUUGCUCUUGCAUGCCGAUCAUGGACACUCUCUUCUUUACAUUCUUUUAUGUUUAAUUAAAAAUAAGAUGCCUGUGUAACAUUCAUAAUAUAUUUUUUUGUGGUACAAUAACUGCACUGGCUAUUUCAUUUUAGGCUGUGGUAGAUGACUGGAUUGAAAGUUACACAUCAGACAGAGAAAAUGGAAUGGUGGAUCUUAUCCAGUUUUUUGUACAGUGCUGUGGCUGCAAAGGUCUGUUGGAACAUUGACCCCCCAAAAGAUAAUAAUACUUGUAUGUGACCACAUCCUGUAAGUGACCAGUUAGCCAAAACACUUAAAUUUUCCCAGUCAAUGCCACCUUUUGAAAGCGGUCUUGACCAUUUUUUAGGCUGAUGGUUUUAUAACUUUCAAUUGUUCUUAACCAACCUGACAUAGUCUUGGUCUAAACUCCAUGUUCAUUGUAUGUACGAUGUUAAUCAGAGUAUGCAAAGAGUGUUCAUUGCCAGCAUGAAACUAUUAUUGUAAGAUAUUGCACUGCAUGUGUCCAGACUUCUUCUUGGAAGACCCCUGCAUUUUGAUUCUCAAGAGCAACCGUUAAAUUAUUUAUGUCAUGCAUGUAUUAUCCUUUUUUCUAGGAACUGUCUUACCUACAAUGUUGGAGGAGGAAGAAAGUGUGAAUGCCGUCCGUCAACUGACAGAACAAUUUGAUGAGGUCAGAAGGAAAAAACAAACUUUGUAACCUUCAGUCUCAAUAUCUCUCAACUCCUCUGAUAGACUUAAAGUACCGUAUAUAUUUUUUUAUUGAUGUUUUGUUAACAUCGGUGUCCAUUGCUUUGCAGGACAGCCAUGAAUAUCCGCUGAUUAUGACUGGUCAAAAUUACAAGAAGUUCAGAGUAAGUGAAGUUUACAGAACUUGUAGGUCUGCUAGACUUUCUGGUAAAGCAAAAUACUGUCAAAAUUCUUCAACACAGACACCAAAAGGACAAAGUUUGUCAUCUUAGAAACAAAGAGAACUAUUUGUAAUAAAGAGAUUUAAUGUGCAUGAUACGGAGGAGCCUGUAAUGAAAGGUUCCAUUGAAACAAAUAUACUGAAAUCCACAAAAAAAACCUUAGCUAUAGUCUCCUUGGUAAUCUGACCGUUUGUAGAUACAUAAGUCAGCAUACAUGUAGGUAUCUUUUACCCACAGUCCAGCAAAACACUUGCAAUUGUGCAAGUGUAGAAGUAAUAAGACUUAAUAAAAUCCUAUUAAAUCAUUAUUUAUCCCAUUUAUUUCUAGGCAAACUUUACAGAGUUUGUAAAUUCACUGAUCCAGCAGUGUCGACAUAGUAUAAUAUACGAUGAAUACAUGCUGGAUACCUUAGUCUCCUGGCUCAUCCGAUUGUCAGACUCACAAGUCCGUGCCUUCAGGCACACAAGCACUCUAGCGGGUAAGUCUUUAAAUCUCUUUUUAUUAAUUUCAAAAUUUAAUAGAAACUUAGUAUUGCCUUGCAGUCUAUGUAAAAGAAAAGUGGCUUUUUCCAAGUUCAAGUUCUAGGUAUCAGUUUUGCAGCCUGAUGAUUAAGAAACUUUAACAUCUUUUUGGAUCUGGGUGGGGCCAAAAUGCUGUCUGUUGGGGGCUAGCGAAGUGCAAGGCUGCCCAUAUAAAUGUGGCCCCCGACUUUAAAAUUAAAAGGAAAAAAAAGGAAAUAGAACCAAGAAAAACCCUAGCUGUUUGAUUCCCCAUCUACUUUUUUAUUUACCCGGUAACUUAAAAUCUUAUUGACAACCCUUGGAGUGACCCAAUGGCCACUGGGCCAACUUGUUUUCAUGCAAAAAAGAAACCAUAGUUUUUCAUUAUCUUCAAUUGCAUGUUGUUUUAAGGAAUGAAACUUGUCUCAGCAUUGAUUCAUGUAGCGAAGAAUGUUCAUGUAGAGUUGGAUAACACCCAGGUAUGUAAAUUAAUAACCAUUAAGUUUGUUUUAAGAUUUUUCAGGCUGUGGUGUAGAGAUGGGCUGUAAAAAUUGCUUUGUGGUACAUGGAAACUACUAGCAAUCCUUCACGUUUUUCUUUCACACUUUUACACAUUUUUUUCUCCAGCGCCAAUUGGAUAGUGAAAGCAGCAAAGUUUCCUCAAAGAAAGCUAUGGAAAAAAUUGAGAUGCUUCAAAAUAGAAGACAAGAGGUAAAAUUAAUAAUAACAUUAUUAUGGUGUUACGUCUCUUGUUCCACUGCACAGUUUUUGUAACUGUAAAGGUGUCUGUAGGGGGUCAGAAAUAUUAACCUUGAACCAGAAAUUAGUUUUUUUUCUUUUUUCAUUUGACAGCUGAGACAGAACAUCAGUGACUUAGAAGACAUGAUGAAUUUUGUGCACCAAGGAAUGUUUAUUCACAGAUACAGGUAAAUUUUAAAAUACAUGUAGUUGCAUAAAAUCAUAUUUCUAAACCCUGUAAAAAUGUUGUAGAUUUUUGACAUGCUGUGUAUUUCUUUCUUCAGAGAUUCCAGACCAGAAAUCCGAGCCUUAUGUAUUGCAGAAAUGGGAACAUGGAUGAAAGAUUAUAGGUAGCUAAUACAGCAUCAGAGACUCAUGUUAUUUAUUUUAAGUAGUUGUGAUUUGUUCAUGCAUGAAACAGGAACUCUGAAGAACUCAUUAGUUGAAAGUGAUUGUGCUUUCCAAAUCACAUUUCAGGAUUUUCAUUAAGAAUUUUAGUAGCAGGAUAAAAGGUGUAACAUUACGGGAGAAAAUUUUGAAAGAGGCUCCACAUUUGAAUAUAAAAAAUAAUAGUCAUAGGCUACCAAACGUUUUGCGGAGAAUUCUGCGUGGUAAAAGCAGAAUUCCACGAUGCCUAAUGAAGACCUGGCAUUUGAAUUUGGAGAGAUGGUUUUUGAGGAGACGGGAAAACUGGUGAACCUGGAGAAAAAUCUCCUGGAGCAAGGGAGAGAAUGAGCAACAAACUCAACCUACGUUUUGGUAUCAAUGCCAGGAAUUGAACUGUAGCUCUCACCACCACCUUUGCUUCCCUUCGUGUUUUUUUUACCAUUUAAUGUUCCUUUGGUGUUGUCUCUGUUUUUCAGUUCAUACUUCUUGAGUGACAAGUUUUUGAAAUACAUAGUGUGGAGUCUAAAUGAUAAGGUACUUGCCUAAUAUGAGUAUAUGCUGGAUUACAAAGUAAAUAAUAGUUAUAAUGGAGCCUCCCUCACAAUGUAAAGCAGGAUUAUUGUAUGAUCGGCUACACAAUGAUAUACACGUAGUGUUGUUAUGCAUUUCUUGCCUUAAUAGUUCUCCCAUUCAGUCUCUAUGAAAGCUUCGUUUAUUAUUGAUAAAUAAGACAGUACACAAAGCACAAGUUAACGAUAAUAAGAUGCCAAAGCCAGAGGCUUUGUAUAUUUGUAUAUUGUAUACAGCUAAAACACUAGUUAACCUGCUUACUAUACAGUUUAUUUUUAUCUGGUUCAUUAUUCAGAUUGGGGAUGUGAGGCAAAAGGCCCUGCUGUCUCUCAAACAUCUCUAUGAAGUUGAAGACUUUUUACCUCAUCUGGAGUCUCUGACUGAAAGAUGCAAGGUGCUCAUUACACUAAUAUAAGUUUUGUUAAGUGCUGACAUACAUGUAAUUAUGCCUGGGGCCUGUUGUUUAGAAGGCAAGUGAUGCUAUCUACAAUGUAUCUAGUGGAUAGCAGUGAUUUUGUUACCUCUGCUACCUACGUCCCUGAUGCAUUAAAGUCCUCAAAUACACAAAACAAUUUGUGUUAUGCAUCCUGAAGGAUGCAAAGAUCGAUUGAUCGAUCUGAAGAAGUUUUUGGUGAAUGUCGUGUGUGUGUGAUUUCUGUGGCUGUUCUUGUGGCUGUUGUUUAACAGCUCAUAUUUCUUUUUACCUUUGUUGUGCUUGUCAAUAGAAGGAGUAUAUUUGUAUCUCAGUAAACUGUAAUACAGAGUUUUGGAGUCUGUCUUCAGAUUAACUUUGUGGUUACAUAAAGACCCAGGGACUCAUUGUUUUUUUUUAACUGGGAUGCAAUGGUUCUGGACUGGAACUCAUAAUUUUUCUCAAGAGGCGUCCCAGGACUCACCAUUACUAGUCUUUUUGUAACAAAAUCGCUGGGAUAGUGCAAUUGGUUUUCCUAAGACCUAUCGGCUGGAUAGUGAAUUUAUGAAGCAGUCUACCACAUAGAGAAAAAACAUCUGGUACCAGGGUAUAUAACAUAAUGUGUCGCUAAAAUUGAUUGUCUAACAAAAAUAAUCUGGUUGAUUAGCAGGCAUCUUAUUUGUAGGGGAGAAGGUCACCAUUAAACAAAGUAUAUUGGCCUAUUGCGUUAAAAUUUGAUGCCUCUGGAGGGCUUGGCUUCGAGCAUUUAUUGAUGUGAAACGAUAUUUGUUGUGUGAUUGUAAAAGUACCUUUUUGUACCUUAUUUGUACACCUGUAGGAGAGGCUCGUAGCUAUGACAUUAGACAAGGAAAAUGAAGUGGCAGUUGAAGCAGUCCGACUUGUCACAUUACUUCUUAAGUGAGUAUUUGGAAUUCCAAGUGUUAAUUUUCCUUAGUGUACAGUUUCAAGUCCAGAUCUGUUCAAGGCUAAUGUUGGGCUGUGUUCUAGCUAUACCUGGUAGCUCCUGACACCUCACUUUUUCUCUUGGGUGACUAGGAAACCUCAUUUUUUUGCAUACGUGUAGAAUCAUAUGCUGGGAACCUUGGAUUUCAAAAUUUCAGAACAUUGGGCCUGCUAGAAUUUUUCUCAGAGUGUUAGCACAGAAUUGUAAUGGUGAUUACUUUUGUCAUUGUAGGUAUGAUAAACUAGAUGAGGAAGAGAGCCAACAGGUGGAGUUUCUUGUCUUCUGCACAAGUCGCAAUGUUGCAAAAGCUGCUGGAGAAUUCCUGAAAGAAAGACUAGUGAUGGCGGCAGAUGAGGAAGUGAGAAAAGCCAGCAAGUCUAAACGAGGUGAAUGUUGAGAAACGGAAAUAGAAAGUUACUGGUGAAUAGAGGCGAGGGAUUAUUACGUAUUUCUUUAAGUAUUUAGGUUGUUUCUUGUUACAGAAGGUUGCAAUCACCAAAUGUCAUAAUACAGAAGAUUAAAAUGACACUGAACAAUAACUAGACCACAAAACGAGAGUUAACAAACUUAGUUUCUGCAACACCAAGAAACACCUGGGAACGCAGGACAUCAUUAAGUAAAACAUAUACUUAAAAAUCUACAAAAAUGGUGGUAAGACUGUCAACAUUCUCUUAGAACAGGAUAAUUUCAUCUCUUCUUGCAGGAUACAGAUCUAAUUUUAUUAAGUUGAUGCUGCAUGUACAUUAUACUUAAAUGUAUUAUCUUUUUUGCCAAGUACUUUAAAAGCCCCUUCUUUUGUCAUUUGCAGGGAAAAAAGUUGAGCAGGAAGUAAAAGUUGUGCAGUUAAAGAAAUUGAUUGAGUUUUUCCUUGUCAGUGAGGUAAAAAACAUUAACUCCCAGUGCCUUGUUAAAAAUGUUUUUCUUAAUACUUUCUGCUUUAUAUGUUGUGACAUAUCCAGUAUUAGUUAUACCUUGAAAUCCUGAAUUAACUGUUACUGUGAAUACCACUUGAAAAACUUUGAAAACUAUUCAAAGUGUUUUGAGUUUCUGUAAAAUACGGAAAAGCAAACAGUAUUGUUAACAAGGUCUUAUUUGAAUGGUCGUAUCAUAGGUUGUAGUUUUUCAAAGUAGGCCUGUCUUUCUUUACUCAGAGAUUUGAGUGUUAAAUCAUAAGUUAAACUAUUUUUUGAUUGUUGUUUUUUCAAAGCUGGAUUCAAUGAUUGUUUUUGCAUUGACAUCUUUUGUUGUUAGAUUCAUAAUCAUGCUGCAUACCUUGUUGAUAGUUUAUGGGAAACAAUGGACAUCCUGAAGGUAACUUAGAAUAUAAUCUGUUUUGCUCUCAAGAGUUCUUUGUUUACUUUGUAUAGAAAACUAAUCAUAGUAAUGUCAUGUUAAAAGAUGUGUGUAUGUCCAAUCUGCAAAAUUUUGCUGUGUUUGUUGUUGUUUGCUUUAAGAUUUUUAUUUGGCUAUUUGUUUGGAAUCCUUCUCUUUUUCUUCUGUGGAAUAAAGAAAGCCUUUGGGACAGAACAGUCUGGACAAUUAAAAAGACAAAAAAAAACAUUUGACAUAGAUCAUGAAAUAGAAUACAACUUUGUGACUCUGCUAUUCUGUCUUUUUGUGAUUAUAACAGGAUUGGAAGCUGAUGACUGACAUUCUUCUUGACAAGGGUGACAAGCAAGGUAAUAUUAUUACCAUAUAAUUUUGCCUUCAGAUCAUAUGAUCAUUGUUUGAUAACAGUCUGGGUUAUCAUAGAUUAAAAGGUAACAGUGAAGCCCAAGAGGGUAUUAUCAGUACUCAAGGAUCAACUUCCUAAAUCAUCUUCUAAUCAAGUAUAAAUCUUAAACAAAGAGACAGAUACAUUGGCUCUGGGCAAGGAACAUUUGAGAGGUGCUUGUCUUAAGGUGAAACUAAAGCUCAAACUUUUUUUUUCAAGCAGCCAAGUCCUGAGAGUUGUCUAUGACUCUAAAAUAAUAAGUACACUGUAAGAACCAAUAAUGGUAUCCACUGUGGAUGAAGUUGAUUGUACAGUAUAAGCUGCUGAGUUGAAGAUUCUCCCCACCCUGAAGUGUUUUGUUUUUGAGCUAUUGUGAAAAUAGGUUCCAAACUGGGGACCAGUUCGGAAAGGAAAUAAUGAAUUUUUUUGCCGUAGUUAAGUCCAAUUUUGGUUCAGGAAGUUUGGAAAAGAUAAUGGUAGAGCUCUGCUGUCUGCUUGAGUGAAGAAACAUCCUGUCCUCUUUCAAUCUCAGUCAAAUUAAUGAAUUCCAGGAUUUGGUUUCUCUUCACACUACAGUGCUCUGCUUUCUUUCUUAAGGGCUGAAUGACAAUGAAGAAAUGUCUCUGAUUGAUAUCAUGGUUUGCGCUUGCAAACAAGAAGCAACUAGACAAGGUCCACCAGGAAGGACAGUGAGGAAAGGAAAGGAGAAGAAAUCAUCUUUAGAUGACAAGAAGAACCUCAGUGCACAUUUUAUGCAGACACUUCCAAGCUUGUUGAACAAAGUAUGUGAAAUUGUAAAAUGGUACAGUCAACUCUCUCUAAGACGGACACCUUUGGGACCGGCACUAAGUGUCCGUCUUAGAGAGGUGUCCGUCUUAUAGAGAGUCAAAUAAAGGGAGUAAAGAAAGGCAUGGACCAACUCUAAGUGUCCGUUUUACAGAGGUGUCCGUUUAUAGAGGUGUCGACUGUAUAUUGACUGUGUCACCAUGACCCUCUUGUGUGACUUUCCAGAUCUGGGUAAUGCUUUAGAUUGGUCAAACCGCAAAGAAAUUUGCCUGAACCAUUCAGAAGCACUACCCACAUAAUUAUUGGAUAGUGACAAGUCAUCGGCUUGGAAUUUCUGCAGUCAUUCCCCAGAUUUUAUUUUGCAGUGAAGCUACAUGUAGCGACAGGGUUAUGAAAUCUCGGCUAUUUUAUCAGCCUAGGUCCUGAACAGAGCAGUGGUUUUUGACAGUGACAGGUUUUUCGUCCCUUUGGGUGGAAAUUCACCAUUAUUUAAAUAAAUGUGGUUCCCUCUCAGAUUUUCUGCCAUGGUGGAAAAAAAAACAAUUUUUUUUUUUACAGUUUAAAAUUUUAUGGGUACCUUACCCAGGCUUAUCACACUCAGAAACUUAAGUGUUAAGAGGAAUGUUCCUUUUGUUUCAGUUUGGAACAGAUGUCGAAAACGUUGCAAACUUAGUUUCAGUUCCACAGUACUUUGAUCUGGAGGAGUAUGGACAAAGACGACUUGGAAAGGUACACAAAUUUUUUUUAAGUUGACUUUCAUCUUUUCCGUUCUUUCCUGAUACUUCAAGCACAUAAUUGACUAACUUUUAUGCUUUUGUUUCUAGCAUCUGGAUGAACUGCUAGUUCAGCUGAGUGAUAUUGUUGAGAAGCACUCUAAUGCAGAUGUAAGUCUCAAUGUGAAAAUUUGAACAAGCGACUGCUCAUUUCUUGUCAAUCCAGGGAGCAAAGAAAGGCGGUUUUACUGCUUGCCCUUGCCCUUCAGGCAAGCCAUAGCUAGCAUGUACAAUGUACUAGCCUGAAAAAAGUUUUGACACACAGCAUUAAUGAUUAAUUAAUUGUUAUUUAUUGGUUAUUCCAUUACCAGCCUUAUAAAUUAUUCGUUGUAGCAAAUUAAUGUGGUAAUUUCACUUCUUCAGAUCAGAUUAAAAAACAGCUUUCGAUUCACAUGAAUUAAUUACGAAUUUAAACAAUUAUUUGUUUGCACUUGCCCGUCAGGCAAGGUGAGAAAAGAAUUGACUAGCCCAAUCGCAAAGUCCACUAGCUAUUGUAAACGACUUUCUUUGCAUGCUACAAGAAGUGACAAGAAGAGUUUAAGAAUCCCUUAUAAUUAUUAAUUUGUCUUUUAGGUCCUGGAUGAAUGUGGAAAAACUUUCAAAACACUUAUUGAUAAUGACUACACUUUGGCAUCUACAGCAGUAAGUAGAGAUGCCUUAUUUUUGUGUUGCCGAGCAUAUUUAAGUCUUACAGAUAAUCCUUUCAGUUUUUGUAAUUACUAUCUUUUUUUUACCUUGUAGGAUGUAGCCAAAAACAAACUCAUUGACUCCUUUGUUGCAAAGUUCAAAGAGAAUCUGAAGGAAGGAUUAGAGGCAGUAUGUGUUUGUUCGGUUUCCUUGUGAUUUUUGUCACUUAGUAAACUUUGAAACAAUGCUUUUUUGCAUGACAUGUAGUCUUGAAAAGUCUAUGAAAAAUCAAGAUUUUUUGGGAGGUCGUAAAUUGUUUGUAACUUAGUUGAAUUUAAUCUCAAGAAUGAAUAAUUAAUUUUGUGUACCUUGUAUCUUAAUAUUAUUUGUCCAGUUUUGGCCGAUUUACGAGUACACUGUGGUGCACAAACAGCACUGCAGUUAUUUGGAAAUGCAGCACAGAAGGCAGUGUUUAUAUCAGUAUACUUACCAUAUUCUGGACACUAUUAAUUUAGCAAUUUAAUUUAAAGUUUCGACCCCAAGACUUACCUUACCUUUGUUGUCAUAAGGAUCAUGUGGAAUAGGCAGAUUAUUCUUCUUGUAGUUGCUGGCUGCGGUUGGGUCUUAAGGGCUUAGCCAGUUGUUUCUUGUGGUUUUUCAAAGCUCUUGCACAUGCCAUAUUCGACUUUUAUUAUUGAUCUAUGCUGUUGGUUCUUCGAACAAUUUUUUAGUAGGAAAAUGGAGUUUAAAACAUGUAUGUUCCCUGAAAAUUUCUUACAAAAAUUAAGUAUUUCUCAAAGAGUUUACAUUCUGUGGAAAGGCAUCAUUUGAAGUAAGUUGAUCAUGUUUUUAUUAUAGGAUGAUCAAGAUGACGAAGAUCAAGAGAGAUACAACCUUCAUGUCAACCUUGCAAGAAUAGCGUCAUUCUACAAGUAAGUUCACCACCAUGUACAGUUUAGCAUAAUCAUUCUGCAGGAUUAAUGCGAGGUCAAUAAGCACUUUAAGAAGCAAGGAUUCGUACAGUCUGUAAGUGCGCCUCCUUUUGUGUGGGAGGUUCAGAGUUCGAUUUCCAGGUGUGACCUUAAAUCCUUGUUUCAACUGUCUAUUUUUCUUUGUGUAUAGCUUUAAAUAGCUUUGAAUACUGUAAAAUAAAGCAUUGAGGGAGGGGUGGGUACAUGGGGUGGAAGGGUGGGGGUCAAGUGAGUGCACCCUUGGUCACAGGUUUGUCAGUUUUAGUGGUGUUACAAGUUACCAACAUAUUAGUAAGUUUUAAAGUUAUACACCAAAGGCACAAAUCUGAAUUAUUUUUGUGGACUGUAGUGUUAUUAUCAUGGCAGAUAGUGUCAUUAAGAAUUAACAAGUGAGGAUUACUGGAAAAUAGUGUUAAAAAAUUGCAUGGUGGUUGAGGAAAAGUGCGGUCAAUAUUCUACAAUGUCUAGUUUUGUUUUGAAUGUGUUUUCAGGUCACACAAUCUAAAUAAGUGGGAUCUUUAUGAUGAUCUGUCCUACAUCAUCAACUACUCUGCAAAUAACAAUGUACCAGACGAGGUAACUUCCUUACAAAUAACAAAGGGAUGGUUACACUAUCCUGCUUGUGUGCUGACUAUAAAGGAGUGCAGAGGCUUAGUUAAUGUGUCCUAUGGGACAGGUCUUGCAUUGUGUACAUAUGUGCAUGAGGCAUUUCCCAAAACAAAAUAAUCUGGCAAGGUCUGAACUCUAUCCUGGGGAAAGGGUUACUCCCUAAAUUAUAUAAUAACAGCCUAUACUCAGGGGCACCCAAAGUCAAUUUUCGGAAAAUAUCUGUUCGGAAGACGAUUUGAGAUCUAGAAUUUUCGGAACAUCUGUUGGAAAAUUUCUUGCUUGCCUGCCUUCCUAGGAUUUUCGAACAUCUAAAAAAUGGUAUAAUUGCCCAUUUUUAACGGAUUUUUACCCUAAAAAGGACAUCUAGAAUUUUCGGGAGCCUUUUUUCUUGCUCAAAUUUUCGAAACGGUGAGUUUUGAUCCCUAUAAUUUUCGGAUCACUAGACUUUCAGCUAGAAAAUCCGAACAGAUGAAAAAUUUUUAGGGGAUGAAAAUAUGCCUAUAUCUACUAAAAUACGUUUAACAAUGCUCUUUUUAAGUGGUUUUUUAACUAUAUUCUCGUUGGGUGCCCCUGUAUACUGGGAGGCUCCGCCUGAAAUGGGUACCUUUUUUAGCCUUCAGGUAUAUGAAAGGGUAGGGAAAUCUGUCAUUUCAUUAUGUAAAAUAGGCCCAAAAGGGCUGAUGAUGCACUUUAUGCAGGGUACAAAGAAACUCAUUUUUACAACUUGCCAUUCGGGCAAGCUGAAGCUAGCAUUUACUAGCCCAGACUUCAUUUCAACUAGCCCCAAAAGCUUUUUGAUGAGCAGAAUUGGUUUCACAGUUCUUCUGUUAUUCGAAUUCCUGAAAAAACAUCACUUGCCUGUUGGGCAAGUUAAAAACAGAAUUCACUAGCCUGAUAGCAAAAUCCACUAGGCCCGGGCUAUCGGACACAACUUUCUUUGCACGCUGUUUAUGGCUGUGAAAAAGUCAAACAAUCCUUCUGGUUUUGUGAUUUAUUCAGGUUAAAAACAGUGCUGCAUUUACAGCAGUUAAGAAGGGGGAGCCUUUUCUGUGAAAAAUGGUAUAAGGGUAAGGGGUUGGGCCUCGAGGCAGAGUCUUCCUGUAUAAAACUUUUGUUGAGUACUAUCAACUAUCACAGUGACAUUUUGAAAUUACUAGGCAAUGUCCUCUUGUAACAGCGUAAAGGUAUGUUGUAACAGCUGACGUUCUGGUGCUCUGCUUUUAUAGAUUCUGGAACUAACCUUUACAAGUGUACAGAUGCUGCUUGUUUGGAGCUUAAAAGAAAUUGACGUCAACCAGCCUGAUAAGGUAUCGCCAUAGAGCCACAGCAUCUGGUACCCUGUACACAGGUGUUUUUUUUGUCUUUCUGUUAGAAAAUCAAUGAGCAGGCGAGCGAAGCGAGUGCUGAGCGCGUAUCUCCACUGAAUUUAUUCGGUGAGACGGUGCCGGCUACUGGCCACUCUAGGGGUGGUUCCCGCUUCCAGGGUUGCCAUGGAUACCUCCUCUCUGUUUAUUGCAUUUGGCCCCCUACUAACCUUUAAGGCACCUGCUCCCAAGCUCAUCAUUAGCAAUGAGUUUAACGUGCUUAUGCUUGUAAAUUUUACUAAAUAAAGUGGAAGCAAUGUAUAGAGGGUCAUGUGUAAAUGUAAAAGUUGAACCUCGCUCAACUUUUGCAUUUGCGCGGGGUCUUUCAUGCAUCACCUCUGUUUUAUUGACGCAUGUGAAAUUGAUGCUAGAGUUAUCUCCAUACAUUUCCUUAAAGAACUAGUUGAGAGAAUCUGUUAAAAGAUCGAAGCAUUUUCCGUUAAGUUGUCAUUUUAUUUAUCCUUUUCUUUUGAUUUGUAGUGGUAAAAAUCAAGGAAAAUAUCUGUUUGGAAACUAUAUUGACACGCAUUUUUGCCUUGUUAUAGCAUGACAUGAGAACUCUGAAAAGACGCGUGAGUCAGUUCAUUCCUCAGUGUGAUGAGCUCAUACAGUUUAGUUCUCCAUCCGUGCAGAGAGUGGUAAGAAAAAUUACUGGAAAACAAAAAAAUACCAUGUUAAAAUACUACUUAGAGGGUUUGAUAUUAUACCAUACUAUAUACUAGAAAUACGUGUAUCGCAGAACGUCGCGAAGCUCCGGUGGAGGGGCAUAAAAUGUCAGGGAUGGAGGGGAAGAGAAUUGGAGUAAAUGUACAGGUGUAAUAUAGUAAAAGAAAAUGGGUGUGAGAGUGAAUAACUGCAGGCGAAUGAGGCAAACACAUGCUAUCCUUAAUGUGUAAUAUGUGAUAUUUGUCCUGUAUAUACUCUUCUGCAGGCUCAAAACUUGGAGAACAACGUUAUACUUUGCUAUAAGUGAUUACUAAAAGCGAUAUUUGCAGGGCAAAAAGACACAAUGCCAUAUUUCUGGCUGUAGGUGGUUAUGAUUUUGAAAUCCUUCACGGCUUGCAAAAAUUUGACGAAACUCCAGGCAAAUUCUAUUGUAAUUUUGUGGAAAACAUCUUUGUUUUGAAUUGUUGCUGCUCCCAGUCUCUGUUCCUUUCUUUAUUCAUUUAAAUAUUUCAUUUUAUUUUAUUCUAUUUUCAGGCUUUUAACUGCCUAUGUGAUUUGCUGAUUAUUUUUGCAAAACAACUGAGGAACAGUGGUAUGCAUUUGAAAUUUUUAUUGUAAAUGUAAAAGUUAAAGGGAUGAUAUUGAUAUAGGACGUUUAUUUCAGCCCAGACGCCUUUCAAAUAAUAAAACUACAAAAAAAUGUCUUUAAACCUCCAGACUGGUAUUUCGUUUCAUUAGUGUUUCAUUCAUUCCUUACCGGAUUGCCAUUUACGGUUGAUAUUCUAUGAGGACCAGUGAUUUUGCUUGGCCAUAAGAAAAUAAGAUGUGGAAAUUUAGUAAAACUGAAAAAGGUUGUCUACAUGCGAAAAGAUUUUCGCACAACUAUCUUAGCCACGUCUGAGAAAAUUUUCAUAGUUGAUUAAAACACCCCAUUAAAAAUGUUGCCAUGUUGAAGUAUAGCUCCCUAGUUGUUUUGGGGUUUGGUUUGGGUUGUGAAGGGUGAUAGUGAGGUACUUUUGCGCCUCAAGUUUGUAUUUAUAAAAGCUAUUGCAGCAAUAUCUCUUGCGUUUGUACUACUGUAAGACUCUGUACCCAGCUGUUUACACAUAUCCUACACUGUGUGGUUGGCUUUAGUGUUCUUUUGCUUACCGGUCGUUCCGAUACAAGUUGAUUUAGUCGAGGGGUGAAUAUAAAUUUCGUGUAGUUGGCUUAUAGAACGAGGAAUAUUCAAGCCACAUGUUUUUCUUGUUCACGCGCUUACUAGAAAAAAAAUUGGUGUGCAGUUUCACUGCUUAAGUUCGUAUCAAAGCGACGUUUAACGGAUUUCGUGUGGUUGUAUUUCAGCACCUCUGUUGGCCCCUCUGGUGCAUGAAGCUGAUCACAGCACACAAGUGCGACUCAGAGAUUAUGUUAUCGGUCAUAUAUUUGUAGACCUAGAUGAGGAAGAGCCAGAAGAUGAGGACGGUAAAUAAUUCUUCUGAUUUUCUUUAGUGUUAAAACAAUGCUCAGUGUUUGGUUCGAGUCAGUUAUGCAUGCGUAAGAACUUGCAUGACAGAAACAUAUGCAAUGCUCGUUGUCUUAGUGCAUUAUUGCAGUUAUCGAAGCGUGAUCAAAAGGUGUAAGAAAUACGAGAAAAUAAGGCUUAUGUUUAUUGUUGCAUUACAAUUGCAAAUUUUGACAAAAAUGUCAGGUGCAUACACACUUUCGGCACAUUUCUUUGCCGUCACUGCUCGACUAGGACGUGAAAUUCCCUUAUGCGACUUUCAUGUAGGACCUAUAAAACUGUGCUGCUCGCAGGCUACUAUAAAACAGACGAUGAGGAAUUUUUCUCUUUAGUUCCAGGGAAAUUCACCUACAUUUGAGAUUUUAAUCGAAUUGGAAUAAUGGCGACUUUUAAUAGUAACAUUUUCGCUGCUUUUAUAGUCGUUGUUACUGAAGCCCCCUAUUACUGAAAGACGACACUGAUCAUGUUAAUUUUUUGUUGAUGUACUAAUAAUUUUCUUUUGUAUUCGCAGAGGAUCAAACUGAUGCCAGUGCGUUGGAACUUAGUAAAAAGAGGACUUGCCUUGCUGGAUUCUGUAAACUCAUCGCUUACAAUGUGUUUGAUAUGAAACUGGUCGCCCCUGUGUUUUCUUAUCUUAUCAAGGUUUGGGAAAGUUUUGUUCAUUCUAAACAAUUAGUGAAGUAAAUAUUUGUUUGGCCUUAUGAAGACAGUUGCGUAUUACGGCACAGAGAGACAUGAAGAUAAUGGUAAUGAUAAUGGUGACGAUGAUGAUAGUAAUGAUGAUGAUGUUAACGAUGACGUGAAAGUUGAUGAUGAUGACGGUGUGGGUGAUGUUGAUGAUACUGAUGAUGAUGUUGAUGAUGGUGAUGAUGAUGAUGAUGAUACUGAUGAUGAUGAUGAUGAUGAUGAUGAUGAUGAUGUGAUGAUGAUGAUGAUGAUGUUGAUGAUACUGAUGAUGAUGAUGAUGAUGAUGAUGAUGAUGAUUGAUGAUGAUGAUGGUGAUGAUGAUGAUGAUGAUGAUGAUGAUGAUGAUGAUGAUGAUGAUGAUGAUAUAGGUGGAAAUUAGAUACUUAGGGUUCUUAGAUGAGGAGAAAGUUUUCUUCAUAGUUCACCUCUGCUUCACGCUGAGUAAGCAUUAAAAAAUGCAGCCAGAAGUCCCGGAAGCGACCAUACAAAAUUCCAAAAUUUAUUGUUGCCUACAAGAUUUCGCAACCAUACGUCUUUGACGGGGAUAACUAAUUUUGGUUAGGUGGUUGACUGUAUUUACUUCGUUAUUAAGUAUAGCUGAAAAUACGCUGUUUCUAAUUUUCUUUUCUUUUUCUAAAGGCGUACAGUAAUUUUGGGGAUAUAAUCCGCUACACGAUGAACAAAUGUCGAGAGAUUGACCACAAAGCAUUUGCCAAAUCACUGUUGUUAAGCUUGCAGCAAGAGUUUGAGAAGCUCCUCGAUGACAACAAUGGUGAAGCAGACACAAACUCCAAAGAGUUUGCAGCAAUCAAGGUUAGUUAAAAUAGUGUUAAUUGAGUGUGGCUGCAAGUUGCAACGGGUUUAUAUUGUCACGUAAUUUGAUUGGCUGAAAAUCUCGUGCCUUUCGGAGCCAAUCUGGAGUAAAACCAAAAUCAGUCGUGUCUUGAGCUGGUCACGUGCCACUCCAAGCCUUUUGCUCCUGCUACACGUGUUUGCUUUGGGCUCAGAUAUGUUUCAUCUCGUUCUACUCCGUGCUACACUUUUAGAACUAAUCAGAGCGAAUCUUACCCUGGUCGUGUGCUUUUUACUGCACUUUUACUCGCUACAUACAUUCGCUUUUGAAUUCUAAAUGGUUUAGCAGAUGUAAUAUUUUUACUUUCAUUGACCAUAGCUGAUUUAGUUUAUGCCAGUCAAGCAAAACCGUCGUUACAUUAAGAAGUAGUUAUUUUACUGCUUCACUUUGAGAAGUGAAACCUAAAAGUGAAGGUCUAUUAAAAUGAUUUUAUGAGGCUAGCUAGUGUGCAGUGUUAUCGAAGUUUUCUGAGGUUAUACACUAUUUGGUUUAUUUGCUUUGCUUGUUUUUGCAGGAUCUUGCCCGUAGAUUUGCUCUCUCAGUUGGUGUUGACACUGCGAAAUCACAAGCACGAGAAUGUGUUGUAACCUUACAUCGGUUGGUAUUUUAGUAACCAGAUAAUGUUGAGUAGCUUCUAUUAUAAUACUUUUACCUUGUACAGCAUAAUAAACAGUACCACAGGAAAGUACUGCUCAGUAGCUUUCAUUUGAAUGGUCACACUAUAGGAUUUCAUCCACAGACUCAAAAGUUAGAACCACCUUGUACAGCAUAAUAAACAGUACCACAGGAAAGUACUGCUCAGUAGCUUUCAUUUGAAUGGUCACACUUUAGGAUUUUAUCCACAGACUCAAAAGUUAGAACCACCUUGUACAGCAUAAUAAACAGUACCACAGGAAAGUACUGCUCAGUAGCUUUCAUUUGAAUGGUCACACUUUAGGAUUUCAUCCACAGACUCAAAAGUUAGAACCACCUUGUACAGCAUAAUAAACAGUACCACAGGAAAGUACUGCUCAGUAGCUUUCAUUUGAAUGGUCACACUUUAGGAUUUCAUCCACAGACGCAAAAGUUAGAACCACCUUGUACAGCAUGAUAAAAAGUACCACAGGAAAGUACUGCUCUGUAGCUUUCAUGUGAAUGAUAGCGCUCUGAAAUUUCGUCCAAAGACUCAAAAGUUAUAACCACCUCGUAAAGCAGUACUACAGAUGGAGGUUGGCCAUUUAUUAACUGACAUCCUUUUCUCGCCAUAUUUUGUAGAGAAGGAAUCAUGUACAGUCUUAGGAACGGAGACACUUCAGUUCAAAAGGAGAAGCAAGACGACGAACCACCAACCAACCUACAGUUCUUAGAGGUGUUGAACGAAUUUACUUUCAAACUCAUAACUCAGGACAAGUUUGGUAACUCGGGAGUGUAAGUAUUGUUCUUUAUCAUUCUCACAUUGUACUGCGGCUCAGUUAUAGGUAAGACGAGGACGAAUGCGAGACUUUCUCACUCCUAAGUAGUGCGCAGGCGUGAACCAGCGUCAUUUUGGCGGGAAAACGUGAGAACUGUCGUCAUUCUACCACGGGUUUUAGCGAAAAUGUUGCAGUGGUGGAAACAAGUUAUCAAAGGUUUUUUUAACUUUCAUCAUUUUGAGUUCGGAAUAGGGCUUAACCUCCGUCAAUGAAAAAAAUCAUGCUAUUUGUUAAUGACAGAACAGAGGCAGCACAAUUUCCUCAGUUUUUUCGAAUCCCGAGUGCUGGCCAGGCCGUGUAUCGAACCCAUGCCUACCGUUCAUAAACCUGGUACUUAAGCGACAGAGCUCUUUUCUCUAUAUGGGCUUUACUUAGGAAAUGUUUUGAUUGCAGUUUGUCCUUCCUUGAUGAACAUGCCAAGGGGUUGAUGCAAAACAAGGGAGGACAGUGGAGUCCAUUGAUAUCUUACAGAACCGGCCUGGCUGGACAGGAAGAUGAAGAAGAAGGUAUUGUCAAGUAGUAAUAUGAGCGGCAGGGUACGAACUGGGUACGUUACAGAACGAGAGAGAAUCAACUCUCCGACCGCAUCACCAAAUUCACUCUGCAUUAUUUUAUUACCUUUAAAAUCCCUAAUCCUUAGCCCUAAUUCAAGACUUAAAAAGUCCCUUGCAGGACAAGUAGCUUAUGUAUAGAGAGCAGUCCUCCACGUUUGGAGCGGUGCGUUAAGCCAAGAAAAUAUAUCCAAACUUACCGUUUACAUUUUUAAAAUCUGAACAAAAAAUACUCAUUUAAUUAAACCUUGAUAGAUCUGGAAGUCCCCCUGUUAAGUAUUAUGUCCGCUUCCCUCUGCCCUCGUCAUUCUGAACAACUGAAGUCAAUGUCGAAAUCCUUAUCCAACCACCCCUCUCCCCCCAGCACAUCUUUAACCCCACUCCACUCCCCCGAAAUUACUCAGUUUGUUACUGGAUCAAUUAUUAUGGCAUCUGACAUUUCUUUUUCUGUAGGUCAACAGAAAGGAAGUCGGGCAAAGAGAAAACUGCCGAUGGAAGGUACACUCCUUUAGUUCAGCGAUUAUUAGUGCGAUUCCACGCUAGUUCCAGAAACGAAAAAGUAGAACCACCUUGUACAGCAUAGUAAACAUUACCACAGGAAAGUCCUGCUCAGUAGCUUUUAUUUGACUGGCCACACUUUGUGUUCAAUGAAGGACGUCUGGAGCUCCUGAGGACGUCUAAAGCUUAAGUCUUGCCGACAGAGGUGGAUAAAGCCAUUUAAUUUAGCAAAAAAAUUGACUGUUGAAAAAAGCCUUGUGCAGUGUUUAAAAAAAAUUAGGUCUCGUCAGUCGGUGUUUAUCUCUUUUUUUUGUGCUUACUGUUUUCAGGCAAUGAGAGCAAGGAAGGAGAAUGGCUGAGCAAACAGGCCAAGAAACCAAAAAAGGCACGAGGACGGCCUCCAAAAUCAACUAAGACGACUGCUCAACAAACCGAACCACCUACACCAAAACCUGUUAAACCUGUUCAACAGGAGCAACCUGCUGCUGACGAUGACGAUGAUGACAUGUCCUCGGGUUCAGGGGAGUGGACUCAGGAGGAGCAGGCGCCGCUAUCUUCUGUUAAGAAAACGAGUCGCAAGGAGGGAGGGGAGAGUAGUGAGCAGAAACGGGAGCAGCAGAAGAGAAAACGGGACGAGGCGUUGCAAUCGGACGAGGAGAGAGAAGAUGAGAAAGAGGAUGAUGAUGAUGAUGAUCGGGAUUUUGAAAGGUGACGAAGUCUGUUACCGUAAAAUUCCGAAAAUAAGCCCCUCCAAAUAUAAGCCCCCCAAAAUUGCCUCUGAGAUGCAACUAUAAGGGAUAAAUCGAUUUUGAAAGCAAAUUUCCUUCCCCCUUUGAAAAUUAUUUACAUGAGAUGCGUUAUGCGUUUGGAAAUGUAUAUCUUCUCUUCACUUUAAAGUAUGAAAACAUCGUGUUUAGUUGUUUAUUCGCUCCAAAGAAUGAAGAAGAGCCGGCAUAUUCUAACUUUGAUUGUCCAAAGUGUUCAGGCAGUGUUCAAAAUUAUGCGUAUAUGUUCGAAAACGUCUCAAAAAUAGGUAAUCAGUGUUUCUAUAUAACCUCAACAUAAUAUGUGGCUGUUGGAAAGUGUUAGUUCUUGAAUUCAUGAGUACUUCUUAAAAACGGCCCAUGAAAAAUAUCAACCCUAUAGGUAUAUUCACACUAUACGCCAUAGGUUGUCUUGGCGGCCACGAAAAGCCAUCGGGUAUUGUGUGAACAGCAAGGGCCCAAGACGACACAAGUCUUUCACACACAUCGAACAUCGUGCGGCGGCGGUUGGCCGAGAGGGUUUGGUGAACUAAAUUCCAGUCCUCACUCCUGAAUAUUUGCUCCCGUCUCAGUGGGUUCCAGUCCUCACUCCUACUUAUUUACUUCCGUGACGGGCCGAAUAGGUGUUCACUGCACCAAAGUAUGGCUCAAAACCUAUCCGAUAUGUGACGCUCCACUUUCGAGAUCGGCCGGCCCGGCGCAGCUUCUGCCCGUCACAGAAAUCGCGCGGCCACAACCGUUCUUGUGUGUGAACAGAAGCCCUUUCUGGCAUGAUUUUGGCGGUGGCGCAAAAUCUAUCCAGUAUAGUCCAGUGGCGGAUCCCGGGGAGGGGCCCACGAGGGCCGCCCCCUUAUUUUUAUCUGGUAUCAUUUUGGUGGUGGCGCAAAAUCUAUCCGACAUAGUGUGAUUCUGAACACAGCCGAAAUAAUUGAUCAGCUUUUGACUUAGCCCUAGUUGUGCACACUUCGCUCAUUGUUACCGUUUUGUAGUUGAAUUGACUUCCUUCUUUUUUCGCUUCAGCCUUCCCGCGUCGUCACAAAGAUCAUGGUUAUCCAGUCAAAAGGCACAGCAGCGCAGCAAAAAGCCGCGGAUAAGUUACAGUAAAAAGGAGACAUUAGCAGUAGGGUGGGUACUAUGUUACACACACAGACUAGCCGGAGAAGACAGCUGACAUUUUGCGACGCCUUCAUUGGUUUCCCCGCGAAAUGACUUCUGAGAAACGAGCGGAGAAAUUCCAUACUGAUGACGUGUCACUACUCAGAUCUGGCUAGUGCUUCGGAUUGGUUGAGGCAAUUGUACCUCGGGGCGCAGUACCACCAGAUCGGGGUGAUGACACUUCAUCAGCGUGGAAUUUCUGCGCUUGAUCCUCAGGCGGCAGUUCGCGAGGGAACCAGUAUUGGGCGUGUCAAAAUGUCAGCUGUUUUGUUCAGGCUACAUGAAAACGAAUGUCGAAAUUUUGAGGUCCUACUGACAUCAAAAUCUUUGAAUUUUUUUUUUUGCACUUCUCCCUACGAGGUUGAUUACGGGUACGAGCUUUGGGAUUUCAGAGCUUUGUAAACUACAAAAGGUUUUUUGGCUCCACUUUCUUUCUCUUUUCUAAAGUGGGGAAUUGUAAUGAUUAUCUGCAGACGAGCAAGCCUGGAAGAUAUCGAUGACGAAGAGGACAUAGAAGAGUAUGAAAGCGAAGAGGACGCAGAUGGAGAAAAAGAGGUUUGUAAAAUUUGUUUUCGUCUCAUGCCCCUUAAUUGCUGCGAUUACUUGCUAAUAUAAAACCUUCUAAGUGCAAUCCUUUUCUUUUCCUUAUUUCAUGCGUGUUCUUAGAAGACUCCAAUCCGUGUUAGACGCGAGAAGACAGAACUACCUGAAACAUUUGGCGACUCACAAGAAGAAAAGAACACGGUAAGAACCGACCUUCCUUCGAGAUCUUCCGAACUCGUUCGGUACAUGAUCGGAAACGUUUGUUAGUGUUACCCUUUUUUUUCCGGACGUGACGUCUUUAGAUUCCAAUUUCCUAUUGACUAAAUGUGCGGGGUAUGUCACAGAUGGGAAGUUUCCGAUACUCCUCCGAGACCUUCCGAACCGUUCGGAAAAUGUUCGGAAACGUUUGCACAAACGUGGCAAUGUCCAGAGAACCUUCAACGAUGCUCGAAAAAUGUUCGAAGAAAAAAAAGUGGUAAACCUGAUACUGAGUUGCUCGAAAACAUUGCACCGCAUUUUAUUAUUUUCUCGAACAGGAGCCGCCCUUAAACUAGCGCCGUAUUUGGCACGAAAAUGUAUUAAUUCCGUCGGCCUGAGUACAAUCAAAAGCAAGGCGUUUCUGUUAGUUACUCAAGUAAACAGUAGCGGUAACUCAAAAAAAUCUGUGUCGCGUCGUAAAUGCGGUAUGUACUAUCAGCCAUGGACUAUCCUGUUUUAAUAUAACAUUCAUGGAAUGCUAUGUUUUCUUUCCAGGAGGACGACUCGCCCCUUGAUACCGCCUUCUGAUGCCUUUUACACUGACGCGUUAUUGUUGAAGCCUUCUAUUUGUACAGUUUUAAUAUUUAACUAAACCCAACCAAAUUUUUCCAUUUUAUUGUAACCGAAACAUUGACUUUCCCCUAGUAUUCUUAUAUGGAAUUUAAUUUGUUGAACUUAAAAAGCUGUUUUCGUUUUGUCCUUUAAAUAAUCGG